GCGAUAGAACCUCUAGUGGCGCACUAUGCAUGACAGGAAGCCAGUAAGCAGCAGUUGCACUGGAUCUAAACACAAAUAUCGUGUUGCAGUUGGAAGCCCUGGUCAUUUUAGAAGAAUCAAAGUUGCUACAUGGCACAAACAAAAAUGAAGCUAAAGAAAACCGGCGUUGGAUCUUUAGAUUCAUGAAAUACUCCCACUUGCCUGUUUUGCCUCCUUAUUCAUCGUUCUUGGAAGUUCAAUAAGCGUAGACUGUCACACCGCUGGGCUCUCACUCGUCCAUUUAAUCCGAGAAACUACGGAAAAGGUGGCUUAAAGAGAGACUGUGGAAACAGUGUCUUAUGUUGAUCCGUCUGGUUUCUAAGACAGGCGUCUAAGCUCAGCGAUUUGCAAGGCAGGUAAAAAAAAAAAAAACCAGAGGAGCUGAGAAAUGAGCUCCUCUCCGAUACAGCAAGAGAAAAUGAAUAGAAAAACGUCAUGUUUUUCUAACAUCAAAAUAUUCCUAGUGUCGGAAUGCGCACUGAUGCUAGCACAGGGGACAGUCGGCGCGUACUUGGUGAGUGUCCUAACUACUUUGGAGCGCCGCUUUAACCUGCAGAGUGCUGAUGUUGGUGUGAUUGCCAGCAGCUUCGAGAUUGGCAACCUGGCACUCAUCCUUUUUGUCAGCUACUUUGGUGCCAGGGCUCACCGACCACGUCUGAUCGGCUGUGGUGGAAUUGUCAUGGCACUGGGUGCACUACUAUCUGCACUACCUGAAUUCCUCACCAACCAAUAUGAGUACAAAAACACGGAAGUGUGGAGGAACGAGCCAGGAAGGGACAUGUGCUCUAAUGUGACAGUAAGAGAUAUGGGGGAUGAUGGCAUAUGCAGCAACAAAGCCAACACAAACAUGAUGUACCUGCUGCUGAUUGGUGCCCAAGUGCUACUGGGAAUUGGAGCAACGCCUGUACAGCCUCUGGGAGUGUCCUAUAUAGAUGACCACGUGAAGAAAAAAGAUUCUUCCUUGUAUAUUGGUAUAUUAUUCUCAACCUUGGUUUUUGGACCUGCUUGUGGCUUCAUCCUUGGUUCAGUCUGCACCAAAUUCUAUGUGGAUGCUGUCUUUCUUGACACCACCAAGCUGGACAUCACUCCUGAUGACCCUCGCUGGAUUGGAGCCUGGUGGGGAGGCUUCCUCCUCUGUGGGGCUUUACUUUUUUUCUCCGCUGUCUUCAUGUUUGGUUUCCCCUCAUCUCUAUCAGAGCGAUAUGGUAACAACAGGACUGAGAGUGACCAGCCCAUGCUGCCAGUAUCACAGAGUUAUGAGCAUCCAAAGCCAAGUAAUGGUGUCCUGCACAACCAUCAUCCUGACAGCUCCUGUUGUGAUCAGCUUCGAGUGAUUCCCAGGGUGACUAAACACCUGCUGUCUAACCCGGUGUUCACCUGUAUUGUCCUUGCUGCGUGUAUGGAGAUUGCUGUAGUUGCUGGUUUUGCUGCUUUCUUGGGCAAGUACUUGGAGCAGCAGUUCAACCUUACAACCACCUCAGCCAAUCAGCUUCUGGGUAUGACAGCCAUCCCAUGUGCAUGUCUGGGCAUUUUUAUGGGAGGUCUUUUGGUAAAGAAGUUGAAUCUCUGUGCUUUGGGUGCUGUUCGGAUGGCCAUGUUGGUCAACCUGAUUUCUACUGCCUGUUAUGUGUCUUUCCUCUUCCUUGGCUGUGACACAGGCCCUGUUGCUGGUGUGACCAUCGCCUAUGAUAAUGAAACUCUGCAGCCAGGUCAGGCACCAGAAGCUCCAUGCAUUAGUAACUGUAACUGCUACACGUCAUCUGUUAGUCCUGUUUGUGGCUCUAAUGGGGUCACCUACCUGUCCUCCUGCUUCGCUGGCUGCACCAGAUCCAUUAGCACUGGAGUGCUCCCUCAACCAGCUCAGUCCGUACAGAACCUGACAGGGUGUGCAUGCAUUUCUGGUGAUGGCAUUCCAUCUACAGUCGUGCCAGGGAAAUGCCCACGUCCUGGGUGCCAGGAGGCUUUUCUGAUUUUCCUGUGUGUGAUCUGUGCCUGCAGCAUGAUAGGAGCCAUGGCCCAGACACCGUCAGUUAUCAUCCUCAUCAGAACAGUCAGCCCAGAGUUGAAAUCAUAUGCACUUGGCGUUCUGUUUCUCUUAUUGCGACUGCUGGGAUUCAUCCCACCUCCUUUGAUCUUUGGUGUGGGAAUCGACUCCACCUGCCUGUUCUGGAGCAGCGAGUGCAACACAAAGGGUGCAUGCAUGCUAUAUGACAAUGUAGCCUAUCGCCACCUCUAUGUGAGCUUGGCAAUUGUGCUUAAAAUAAUUGCCUUCCUUUUGUACACCACCACAUGGCAGUGUUUACGCUGCAACUACAAGAGGUACAUCAAGAAUAAUGAGGUGUAUGUGACAUCCCCUGAAAUGUUCUCUUCUGACAUUAAUUUGGAUAGUUUGGGCAAAGACAUUAACAGAACAAAAUUUAUAUACAACCUGGAAGAUCAUGAGUGGUGUGAAAACAUGGAAUCUGUUUUAUAGUGGCUGGUACUUGUUAAUGCAUAACUAUGUAUCUUCUGAGGAUCACAUUGGUUGUUUAUAACUUUUUUAAACUUGAUUUCCUACUUUUACAGUGAUGAGUAAGGUUCCACUGGUCACUGUCUACAGUGCACUUUUUGAAUUAAUGCUAAUAAUUUUCGGUCCAUUGUGGCUCAUAGAAGAUGCAUCAGAGGAUAUUCAUUGUUCAAUUCCAGUAAUCCAUAGAAAUGUCCAUAGAUAUUUUGUCAUUGGCAUGGUUAUUUCUAUUUAAAUACCACACUAAAAAUUAAUAUGAUCUCAAACUGCAGAAUUAAAGCACUUUUUUUUUUAUAUCAGCCCCUUAUUAAAGUUAGUGAAAGUAAUCAGAAAAACUAACAGUCAUAAAUUUAAAAUGUGAUUUUUAAUACUUAGGUGCAAAUGCUUCGCAGUAAAUGACUGCCUCCAGCUUGGACCCAUAGACAUCUCCAGAUGCUCGGUGUCCCUUGUGAUGCUCUCUGUGAAUCUGAGAAGAUAAUGCAUUGUAUACAAUUUUUAUUAGCUGCCAUCAAUAAACACAAGCGAACCUAUACCAGAGGCAGCCAUACAUGUCUUUUCCUUUUAUAAUUUUUUUUAAAUUUCCUAUUAUUGUGGUAAAAAUGUUACUUCAUAACUGUACAGGGUUUUGUUUGGAUUUUUUUUUUUUUUUUUUUUUUUUUUUUUUUUUUUUAAGAUUUCGUCUGAUUUUUGAAAUUUACCAGUGGUACCUCUGUAAUCACUCUGGUGAUAAAGUCAACAAUUAAAAGACAUCAUCACAGAUACACCUACCCACUGUAGGGUGUUCCUGAUCUGGCCAAUUGUAGUGAAAGGGGUCUUUACUAUGAUAGAAUUCUUCUGUUCCACCACUGUUGUUUUCCAUGCUUUUUGGUGUUUCUGAACACCAGUGUGCUGAAUGUAGUUGUUUUGGCCACAGUUAAUGUUUCUGCUAUGUGUUUGAUUGAUUUGUAUUGAUGAUUUGCCUAAUGAUGCUUGCUUCACUGGCAAUGACAGCCCCCAGGACUUACCAUCAUCCAUAUACCUUUUAACUGUUUAAUAAUCAUUUUCUUUAUCUGAAAUAAUAAGGAGAAAAAUAAUAUACGCUUAGUCAUGGAACAGCUGAGCAGCCAAUUGUUCAGUUACUUUGGUCGGUUAAAAAGCUAUUAAAGUUUAAAAUCUGUAACAUUAUGAUAUGUAUAAAUUAUAUAAUAUUCAUAGUAGCUAAAAUGGCAAGAACUUUGUCUGUGUCCAAAUUUUUCUGUACCUGACUGUACGUUAUUUGGUUGGUAUUCACUUCGGUUUUGUUUGAACAAGAUGCACUGUGUGCACAAUUAUUAGGCAAGUGAGUAUUAUGACAAAAUCAUCCUUUUUAUGCAUAUUUUCCAACUCCAAGCUGUACAAACUUGAAUGCUUUUGGUUUAAAGAUAUCAGGUGAUGUGAAUUUGUGUAAUAAGAGAGGGUAUGGCCCAAGGAGACCAACACCCUAUAUCAAGGUGUGCAUAAUUAUUAGGCAGCUUGGUUUCCUCAGGCAAAAUGGGGCAAAAAAGAAAUUUAACUGACUAUGAAAAGUAAAAAAAAUGUCUUUCAGAGGGAUGCAGCACUCUUGAACUAAAAUAUUGGGGCGUAAUCACAGAGCCAUCAAACAUUGUGUUGCUAAUAGUCAACAGGGUCGGAAAAAAUGCAAAUAAUCAAUUAAUUUGACAAUGCUCCACUGCAUGCAUCGAAGUACUCCACUGUGUGGCUAGCCAGUAAAGGCCUUAAAGAUGAAAGAAUAAUGACAUGGACCCCUUCCUCACCUGACCUAAACCCUAUUGAGAACUUGUGGCCUCUUCUUAAAUGGGAGAUUUACAGUGAUGGAAAACACCUCUCUGAACAGUGUCUGGGAAGCUGUGGUUGCUGUUGCAAAAGAAGUUGAUCCUCAGCAGAUCAAGAGACUGACAGACUCCAUGAAUGGAAGGCUUAUGAGUGUUUGUUUUUUUUAAAUGUCAGAAAUGUUUAUUUGUAAAGUUUGAGCUGUUUCUUUAUUAUUCUCACUUUAACUGAUGACAAUAAACAAGUGAGAAGUU